CAAGGUGCACCAUGCUAGACCUGAUCGGAAGACCUAAUUUCUCCAUAGAUUUCUUUUUCAGUAGGUCUUCUAUCAAAUACUGGAAACCGCAUAGUUCUAACUCUUUCUGUUAAAAAGUUAUUCAAAAAAUACUUUUUUCCAUCCUAUUUUAAAAUGGAUAGUAGAUCACUAAAUUUUACGAUUUUUCUCCGCUCUAACAUCAAACAUCACAUAAUUCAUGAAUUUAUUAUAUUCCAAGAGAAAUUUCGAUGUCAUAUACUCAAAUUCCCUGAACGCUGUCAGGGAAUGUGCAGAUUCCCCAGGGAAUGUAUAGAUUCCCCAGGGAAUAUGCACAUUCCCUGAUUUCCUACAUUCCCUGUAACAUAUAUAUGAGUUGUUCACAUUAAGUAUUCGAAAGAUGCGAAAAUCCCUGCAGUUUUUAAAUAUGCAUGCACUGUAUGGGAGAAUAUCGUAAAUCGAAAGUGUAGACUUAUACUAAAAGUAAACUUUACUUUUAAAAAACUUUCUCGAAACAUAUUGUUCAGUUUUUGACAAUCUAAGUAUCAAACUACAUCUGUUUAGAGUCUUUAUGAAUUUAUAAAACUCCUUUGUGAAUAAAAUUGCACAAAUUUAUUUCAGAUUUAUUUAAUUUUGUCUCUAUUUAAGUGCAGUACUAUUGGGGGAUAGAUAUUAUCAUUAUAUGUGUGUAUAAAAAGGAGAACAGUACUCUUGUGUUUGAAUGUUGGCUCUACUUCUAUAUGUUCGUGUCUUUUUGUUUAAGGUGCAAUAGUAGGACGAAUGAAAUUAUUGCCAUAUAUAUUAUUUAUAUUUCUAUGGUCGACAUUUUGUUAUGAUCCAUUAGCAAGAUGGAUAUUUUCCGAUUAUGGCUGGCUGAAUCAGUAUGGCUUAUUAGAUUUUGCUGGUGGAAUAGUUGUCCAUUUAUCAAGUGGUGUUUCUGGUCUUGUCGCAGCUCUUAUACUUGGUAAUCGUGUUGAUUUUGACCCAAAUAGACUCCAAGUGGGACAUAAUCUCCCAUUUACAGUAUUAGGCACCGGUUUGUUAUGGGUUGGAUGGAUUGGUUUUAACGCUGGUUCUGCUCUUGCAGCUAAUGGUACUGCUGCAUUAGCUUUGAUAAAUACAAAUACAUCUGCUGCAUCAAGUCUUAUGAUAUGGGUUAUUAUUGAUAUGAUACGUGGUAAAAGCAUAAACACUGUUUCCAUAGGUGGUGCAUGUUCAGCAAUUGUUGUUGGACUUGUUGUCAUCACACCAGCAGCAGGAUAUGUUCAGCCAGGUUGGGCAUUACUCAUGGGUAUUAUUGGUGGCGCCUCGAUCAAUAUUAUUUUAUUAAUUAAGAAACGAUAUUUUCAUCUUGAUGAUACAUUGGACGUAUUUGCAUGUCAUGGUAUAGGUGGAGCUAUCGGAUCACUUCUGACAGGUUUAUUUUGUCAGCAGAAUAUUAAUGCUUCAGAUGGUGCAUUGUAUGGAAAUCCAAUACAACUUUGGUAUCAAUUACUGGGUAUUCUGGUCGCUGUUGGUUAUGCAUCUGUAUGUACAAUAACGAUCCUGUUACCAAUGCAUUUUUUUAUUGGAAUCAAAAUAAAACGUCGCGAACAAUUGAGAGGUCUUGAUCAUGUGGCACAUGGUGAAAAUUGGCAAAUUGAAGUUAUUACCAAUGGUAAUAAGAAGGUAAAGAAACCAGAACAGCAACCAGUAGAGGAACCAGUGUUAAACAAUCCGUCGACCUAUUCAAAUAGAGUGAUGAUAAUUAAUCGUUAA